AUGACGACAACCUUGAAUCCCGCCGAGGAGGCCCCACUCCCACAGCUCUACAGCAAGCAAGUGGUGGAUCGCAUUCUUCAAGUCGUUCGUUCCAUUCCACAUUGCGAUCCUGGUGUGGAAGAGGAAAUUCUCGACAUCGCAGCCGAUUGCGAGCCUUCACCCCCAGCGCCUCCCGUUCGACUGUAUGAUACUCGCGAAGAUGCCCAGCGGGAUAUUAAGGCUUUCGCCGCCCACCAUGGAUAUGUCCUGACUGUCCGACGCUCAGAUCAGGUCAAGGUUGACAUUCUCUGCGCCCGCUGGCCCGAGCCCAAGUCCAAAGCAAGGGAAUCCGCGACGAGAGAAAAUGGGGAUCGAAGUAAAAUGGCCAACGGCUGUCCCUUUCGGCUCCAGCUGCGAAAGCGAUUGAAAGAGCCAGAGGCAAAGCACCUUGUCCCCGAGGGGACUAUGCUGGCCUGCGUUUGGAGUCUGAGGAUUGCGAAUGGUACUCACAAUCAUGGACGUUCGCGGCACGUCAUGCCUCCUGCGUACUCGCCAGCAGUCGCUCCCGAGAUUGCUCACGGUCAUUUGCUGGCGGCUAUGCUUCCGCAUGGCAAUGGCACUGAACCCAUGGAAAACGCCCUUUCUAGGUCCAUGCAAGGCACCGUUCCUACUUCGACGGGACCGCUGCAAUCUUCCCCUAGUCCGCCACUCCCCUCGAAUAACACAGAAGCACGUGAUAUGGAGGACGAUGCAGAAGAAAAGGGUGAAAGCGACGCUGCGUCCCCAGCAUUGCGUCCCGGCCCACCUCCCGCACCGCCACCAGCCAUUUAUGUGUCGCGCGAAGCUGGACACCAAGCUGUUAUCGCAUUUGCUGCGCGCCACGGGUACAGCCUAACCGUCAAGAGAUCUGACACCAUGAAAUCCGACUUCGUCUGCUCUUGUUGGCCUGAUCCGGAGCAUGUCCGGUCCCGGAAAACAAAAGGAACUAAUUGCAAGUUUGCGCUUCAGUUGAGAAAACGGACCGGACCACCACCACUACCCCCGAACAGACCAGAGCUUCCAUCCUUGCCAGAUACUGUCCCUUUGGUGUAUUGGGAGUUGCGAAUCAGGAAUGGUGAACACAAUCAUGUGCCAACGCCUCCGCAGACGGAUUUGAUGAGGGUGAAGAAACGGAAACGACAGCUCGAUAUUCAGGCUGAUCUCAGGCCCGCCAGUCGGAUAGCGCAAGGCUCGCAGGCUCCUCGGAUGCCAUAUGAAAGUCCUAUGCAGUCAUUACCCUGA